AUGGUUCGCUUUCACUCAGUUCUCCUUGCCUCGCUUCCUCUUGCCCUGGCCGCCGAGUUCGAGAGUGUCAGCAUCAGUUCCAAUCUCGACAAUGUCGGCCACACAUGUAUUAGCAAAUGUCUCUACUACACCGUCGUAAGCGACAUGGGCACAGCCAUGGGCUGCGACAGCCCCUAUGAGAACAAUUGCUACUGCGCUACAGCAGCAGCUUCAGUGUCCCAGGCCGAUGCCUUUAUGUCCAAGUGUGUCACAUCGCGGUGCUCUGCGGGUGAUCGCGCCAGAGACUUGACCUCCAUGCAGUCAUACUAUGCUUCUUAUUGUAUGGCUGCAGGCUUCACGCAGCCUGGUGCCACUGAGUGGUAUAACCCGGCCGAAGUUACAGAAGAGGCUACUGCCGAUAACAGUGAUCCUGGUAGCGAUGCGCAGCCCAGUCGAACUGCCGACUCCGGUAUUGAUGGGACUUCGACUCGUAUGACUGUCAUUACGCAGACGGCAGAGGACGGCGCUGUCAGGACGCAGGUAAUCGUUGAAGCGACCUCGACCUACUUCGUGAACUCCGAUGGAUCUCCAGCAUCGCCCAAGAAUGAUGACGAUGGCUCGUCCGCUAUCAAGAUUGGUGUGGGAGUCGCAGUACCCGUUGUCGCUUUGAUCGCCGGGGCCAUAUUCGCAUGUUGGUGGAUUAGACGGAGAAGACAGCGCAGAGCUCAGCUUUCUCAACCUACCCAGCCUCUCAGCCAAGUCACCACUGGUGGAGGUCCUACAAUUGUCGCAGCCGCCUCGAGUACACCAGAAAGAAAAGACACUCUUCAAAGAAAGCCCGUUGGCGCGUCAAUAAUCUCUUCUGUUUCUUCACUGCCCAAGACGAACGAGUUGUCUGGCGUCGGCGUUCAACGUGAACUUGGUGGUCGCGAGGUCCACCCCUUUCCUAACAUGACACCUAGUCCUCCUAUCCAGGUAGCGGGACAGCAUGAGAUGACUGGCGAGGGCUUGAGACCGAACUUGGAGAUGGAUGGACGCGAUGCAAGGGUGGAAAUGCCGGGAGAGACGAGGUCGUCUGAGUUGCCGGGGUAUACGAACGGGGGGGCGAAUGCUUACACGCCGCAUGAGAGUGUCCAGAGGUGGGAACUACCGGAUAAUUCUCGACAUAGAUAG